AUGUCUUCAGAGUCGGAAGCCCUGCAGAACGGCAGUCAAGGAGCCACCGCUCCCAAUCCCUUCAAUUUCCAGACCCAAGUGAUAUCUACCACACCUGUCAAAUCUAACGUCGGCCAGCGUCGUGGACAUCGCUACAAGCAUAGUAGUGUAUCCGCCCAGCAUCAAAUCUUCCAAGAGCCGCCCCCAAGGCCGCCUCCCGUCCUCCCCGCCUCCCUCCCGACGCCUACCAUUAAAGAAGCAUGGAGGAGCCUCCAGCGGGACCAGCGAAUGCGGCUCUACUGGGGCUUGUGUCAUGUCGCUAUUGCUAUCUUCAUCUUCUAUCGGUCAGGUGGCUCUCUUGCGGCAAUGGCCCUGUCUCACCUCGUCUUCUUUGAUGCCGGCAGCGCUGCCGUGUGUGUCGUCGUCGACGUGCUGGGCAAUUUCGAAGUCUGGCGUCGCAGCAGCAUUAGACACCCGUUUGGCCUUGAGCGAGCCGAGAUCCUGGCAGGAUUCGCCAUGUCUAUUUUCCUACUCUUCGGCGGCUUUGACCUCCUCUCGCACAAUCUAAAACAUAUUCUCGAAUCUGUCGGUAACCACGAAGCUCACCACGAGCACGAACACGAUCGAAUCUCUACAGGUUCUCUUGACCUUGUGUCGGCGGCUGCCAUUGCGAGCACGCUCGUGUCUGCCUAUGGUCUGAAGAACCACGCGCGCAUUGCCAAAGUUAUGAGAGUGUCCUAUCUGUCUACUCUGCCCAGCAUCCUCUCCAACCCGUUUCACUUCCUCACCCUCUUCUUCUCUGCCUUGAUUUCAUUGUUGCCUCUAUUAUCCAUUUCCCUGUAUGACUGGCUUGACCGGCUAAUCUGCGCCGUCAUUUCCCUUGCAAUGUUCAGUUUAGGCAUGCGCGUUGCUGUUGCUCAGGGAUUGAUGCUCCUUAUGAGCUAUGGCGGGAGCAAGGGUGACGUUGGCGUCACGGCUGUCCUCCGUGAGAUUGAAUCCGAGUCGGGCAUUGCCCGUGUAGACGGUGCUCAAUUCUGGCAGGUUCACUAUGGCCUGUGCAUGGCCAACCUAAAAGUCAUCAUCACCAAUGGGUACGAUGAGCUCGCGCUGGGAAAGCUGCGCAAUCGCAUCUCGGCCUUGAUCCAAAACAGAUUAGGAGAGGGUUAUGGGACGGGGGGUAACGUGAGGUGGGAAGUGACUCUAGAAACUAUUGUUGAUGCCACCAUUUGA